GCAAACGGCGCCUGCGCGUAAAAUUAGCUCCGGUGUUUGUCAGUACGUCCUCUUUCACACGACUAUAGGGUGGGCACAACCAUCCUAAUAGCGAAGUGCAUUCCCUGUGCUGUCCGUUAGUACGUAAUGCGGUGGGAAAACUGGCAUACGUAAGGUUUCAAGGAUGGAAGUUGUCAGGGAACCAGAGAAAUUUGAAAAUACGACAGCAACCACCAUCAUCUGCAACAAUUACUUACAUUAUCACGCAGCGAACCAGUACACAGUGAAUGCUGACAGAAAGAGUGCUUGCAGAUCCUUACAGAAGACAGAUGACUUGGAUUUGAUUGAACGCGCGGUAUCCACCGCAGAUGACACGAUCACCGCUAUAGGAGAACCUUACCGGCAGGCAGGUAGUCCUGAUUUGGCACAGAAAUUGCCAAAUGGUGCUGCUGCAAUUUUUCAGAGCCCCUCACCUUCUGGAGAAAAAGGAACAGGUACAGAUUCUGAUGGAAGCGACAGACGACGAGGAGAAAGAGCUGUGCUGGAGCUUGAUUGCAAGCAGUGGUUGGCAGUUUGUGGCCUUCUAAUUGUUGCUGCUGCUUUGGGAGUGGGAGUGGGGGUACCACUAGCACUUGAACUUCGCUCUUCACGCCUCCUUGAAGCUCGUUUACAGGUGGUAAAACGCAUCUUACAGGAAGUGCCUCUUGUAGAUGGACACAACGAUUUACCAUGGAACAUACGCAAAUUCUUGCAUAACCAGCUACAUGAUUUCCACUUCUCAGAAGAUCUACGUCAGCAAGAACCAUGGUCACAAAGUGUCUGGUCUCAUACAGAUUUGCAUCGAUUAAAACAAGGCAUGGUUGGUGCACAGUUCUGGUCAGCUUACGUACCAUGUGGAUCACAGUAUCUUGAUUCAGUGCAGCUGACUUUGGAACAGAUUGAUGUCAUUCGCCGUCUUGUGGAUAAAUAUCCUAAUCAAAUGCAACUUGUUACCACUGCUAAAGGUAUUGAAGAGGCAUAUCAUUCUGGCAGAGUAGCAAGCCUAAUUGGUGUGGAAGGAGGUCAUUCACUGGGGUCAAGUCUUGCAGUGCUUCGGAUGUUCUACCAACUGGGUGCACGUUACAUGACCUUAACACACACUUGUAACACACCUUGGGCAGACUCUUCGUUGGCUGAUGAUCCCAGUGACACACUACCAAUGGAUUUUAUAGAACAUGGAGGACUAUCUGGCUUUGGAAAUUUGGUAAUACGUGAGAUGAAUCGCCUUGGUAUGAUGGUAGAUCUGUCACAUGUAUCUGUUCAAACCAUGGUGGAUGCAUUGGAUGUAACAAAGGCACCAGUUAUAUUUUCACAUUCAUCAGCACUGGCUUUGUGUAAUUCAUCACGUAAUGUACCCGACCAUAUUUUAAGGAAGCUGGCAGUUAAUGGAGGAAUUGUUAUGGUUAGCUUCUUCAACAACUUCCUCAGCUGUACAGACACUGCAACACUUCAUGAUGUUAUUGCACACAUUAACCACAUUCGAGCAAUAGCUGGUGUAAACCAUGUGGGCCUGGGUGCUGGAUACGACGGCAUCAAUCUUACACCAACAGGAUUGGAAGAUGUUUCUCGCUACCCUAUGCUCUUGGCUGAGCUUGCAAGAGACAGGCAGUGGAGUUCUUCAGACAUCAAAAAACUGGCAGGAUCUAACCUAGUGAGAGUCUUCAGGGAAGUUGAAAAGGAUACAUACAACACUUUUUCCAUUCAGGUACGAGAUGAUUGGUCACAAGUAGGUCCAACAGAGGACUGGAUCUCCAUGGAGGAUUUGGAUGGCAAAACAUACUGCAGGUAUCCUGGUACAUGACGUGGAUUUGCUGGACUUCAUGGCAUAAAAGAAAUCACAUUAACAUUGAACAUAUAACUGGAAGACACAAAGCAUGUGAAUCAUAGCAAACCAGUGUUCAGUAAAUUAUUAUAAUCAUCUUUCUUACAUCUACUGUUAUUGUAAUAAGUGUACAAAUGUAUAUAUUGACAUCAUGAUGUGAGCACUGAAAUUUCUGACAUGUUAACAUUUUCUUCAAUGGACUCAUUUAUGCCAGUGUUCCCAAUAUGGUUAUUUAUUUAAUUACAGCUACAUAACAAACAAUAUGAUAUAAAUCACAGAAUUUACAGUCAUUUAGAUGUUUUGUUGACAAUAACUGUAAAUAAAAUGGCAAUAAAAGUAAGAAUGUA